AUCAUCAUUAUUAUUUUGCAUGCUGUCAAGUUAUUCUAGAAUUAGGAGUAAUGAGCAUGGAUGUUUUGGGAAACCAUGUGAUGUACCCUACGAUUUCCAAACGGAACACGGCGCUGAGAUUAGUUGACUUGGCAGGGGCGUACCACCAUCACCAUCAUCACCACCAUACCCCUCAGAGCGUGACAGGCUUCCCGGGGUUCAGCAGCCAUCCACACUCAAUGGCUCACUCGCACCCUGGGGAGAUUACUGCGGAACCCCGCCUGGGGCCGAGUCCAUUCGGGCCAGAACACAUGGGGCACUCCGCGGCCCUCAAAAUCAGCCCAGCCCAUCAUUACCCACACCACCAUCACCACCACAAUCAUCAUAUGGCAGGCCACAGUGAAGUGGUCUCCAGUCAAACGGGAGCUUUUGGCCCGGUGCAGGCGGCUCCAGUCCCCUAUUCCAUGUCCCACACGGCCCAGGCGUUAUCCGCAGCCACAGGUAGGGAUUUCCUCAUUCGGAGAGAUCUGACAGCUCAAGCCAUGCCGGUACUGACCGACCAGAGCCCCGGAUCAACCUCUCAUCACGGAAUGUUUGUCUCAACAACAGGUAGCUAUCUGGGACACUACGGCCAUCACCCUGAUGCUGGUAGCCAUGCCCUCUUCUCCGGACUCCACCAUGAGCAGUCUUCUAGCGGAGCACCAGGUGGCCAGGCCAUGAAUGGACAAAUAAGGUUAGGAAUACCUAGCGAAAUGUACGUUAGGUCUGAUCACUUGAGUCAAGUGGCGAGCUCCAGGGCUGAUCCGUUCUCCGCCUCGACAAUACAUGGCUACGGCGGUCUGAACCAUCUGAACAUGAACCUCAGCGCCCACCACCACGGAGCCGGUGCAUUCUUCCGCUACAUGAGGCAGCCGAUAAAGCAAGAACUAAUCUGCAAGUGGCACGAACCGGAACACUCGGCGAAAAAACUCUGCUCCAAAACUUACGGCACGAUGCACGAGCUGGUAACGCAUGUGACGGUUGAUCACGUCGGUGGCCCGGAGAUGGCUAACCAUAUCUGCUUCUGGGAAGAGUGUCCGAGAGAAGGAAAACCAUUUAAAGCCAAGUACAAACUUGUAAAUCAUAUCAGAGUGCACACCGGAGAGAAACCAUUUCCAUGUCCCUUCCCCGGCUGUGGAAAAGUGUUUGCCCGUUCGGAGAACCUGAAGAUCCACAAGAGGACUCACACAGGUGAGAAACCCUUCAAAUGUGAGUUUGACGGCUGCGACCGACGUUUCGCCAACAGCAGUGACCGGAAGAAGCACUCCCACGUGCACACCAGCGAUAAGCCGUACAACUGCAAAGUGAGAGGCUGUGACAAAUCCUACACACACCCCAGCUCUCUCAGAAAACACAUGAAAGUGCACUGCAAGUCUCCACCACCAAGUUCUGGCUACGAGUCUUCAACUCCGUCAUUAGUGUCCCCAUCAUCGGACUUAGGCCGAGAGCCGGGGGCCUCGUCGCUCUCAGAACCAGCACCCUCGUCCCAACCCGCCAAUUUAAGUGAGUGGUACGUCUGUCAUAGUUCUGGUGCGAGCGGAACUCAGACACCUCCCAGCGGCUCCUCCAGCCCUGAUCCCGGGGAUGAGACGCACUACAGACACCCGGAGCCAAGGGACGCUUUCUAACCAAAACUGGCCCAGAAAAUCAUUCUAAAAGUUAUUGAAGAUAUUUUCCAAUAUACCCGCGGACUUACAAAAUUAACACAUCGAAAAGGUCUGUUUUCUAAGGCCCAAAUCAUUCAAUGUACUGUCUGGCAUAUCGGACAAAUUAGACACUGCCGAAUGUAUCUUCUGAUAGCGCUCUUCUAUCCCAAUGUGUUUGGAAAAACAUGUAUUCUUCUCGUACUCGGUUAUUGUACGCAUGUAUUUUGCUGUAUUACUUUGUAAAUCUAGUUUUGACUUCAAUAUCUUUUUAAUUUAUUUUUUGAAUCUGACAUGAGCAUUUUUGUAUCAUCGAACCAAAGUGUUUCAAUAUAUUAAAAACAUGUAUAUUUGUAAAUUGAUACGUUUCGAUGUGUAUGUAGGUGGUAACAGUCAUUUUGUAAGCUUUGGUAUUUCAGCAAUUUUUUUUAUUGUUUGCUACACUUAUUUGUAUAAAUUAAAUAAUUGAAACGUUUGGAGUUUCACGCAAGAAAAUGUGUUUCCAUUUGUGAUGGUCUACUCUAUUGAUUGACUCGUUUUCAUAUAGUCUAUUUGAUAUUAUUACAAUCAAUUCAUAAAUGUUUCGUCAACGUGGGCAUUUUGUGAUUUUGUAAUUCUUGUCAAUAUUUGUUAGUAAUGCAUUUUUAUUAAAAUGUGAUCCUAUCGAGAAAAUACACUCGAAAUGUGUACCAAACUGCCUUGUAAUUUGUCAGUAUUUUGAAUAAAUCGUGUAUGA